CAUCACAUGCCUCAACUCUCUCAAUUUUAGUCUAUUACAUAUGAUCCUAUUGCAACUUUUCUACUCUUAAUUAUUUGUGCUGCCUAUUUCAACGACGCGAAUCCAGGAGCAUUACGAGGUCCAGCGACGCAUGGCGCUUCUACCUUAUUUAGAAAAAUGGAAUAUGUAACAGGCUCUUAUAGAGCUGCAACAUCUCCAGUUGCCAAGAGGACAUAUCUCAGCGUUGCACUAUUCUUCUCCGCGUCCCUGGCGCUUUUAUUUAUUGCUGCUUUGGCCUAUCCCGUUUUCUACUAUAACUACGUACCUAAGAAGGUUAUAUCUCUCCCUAUCUACCUGCAAUAUGACUCCGGCCUGAACCCUUAUGGCGUCACAUCAGUCUCGUCGAACCUCAUGCUCGAGCAGGCCUAUGAUAUAUCAGUAGAAUUAACAUUACCACGAUCGCCUACGAAUCUUGACAAGGGAAAUUUCAUGGUCACUCUGUUCGGGAUGAAGACUCAGCCUGGCAACCCAGCGUUCGCUUACUAUUUCUCAGGGGAGGACCCCUUCUCGCAUGUGAAGGAAGAUACCGUAGUCUUCACGAGCCGCCGGCCGGCCCUGAUCCCGUAUGCAGACCCCCUCGUGAAAACAGUGUCGCGUGUCCUCUUUCUACCAUACCAUAUCCUGUAUCCUAGCGCAUCGGAGACAACAACACUUAUCAUUCCAAUGGGCGAACUCGUCGAGUUCAACCAAAUCCUCCCGAUGAGCAUACUAGUGGAAAUUCAAGCCGGACAGACGCUCCAGGUGUACUCAGCUACUAUCACGCUUGUCGCCCGUCUAACGGGGAUCCGCUGGGCCAUGUAUAAUCACCGCAUCAUCUCGUUUGUAGUCUGCACAGUCGUUUUCUGGAUAGCCGAGAUGCUAUCGACGGGACUAGCGUGGCUUAUCCUGAGCUCCUUGAUCUCUAACCAAAUGCCUAGAGGCCCAGAAGAUAAACUCAAUGCCAGACCUGGAGGUAAUCCUUGGCUGGGGCCACCUCCCGCACCUACGGCAUUUUUACACGAUGGAGCGGGAGACUCUCAUAGCGAGGGAGAGGAAAUGGUUAAGAAAGAAGAGGACGACGACGAUGAUGAUGUGGAUAUCAAGGAGGAGAGUCCAGAACGAGAAACAUUGGCAGAUCAACCAGCGGACGAUGAGGAAGACGGAGAAGAUGUUUGGAGGGAGAAGGGUGCCGGAACUAGUUCUAGUUAUGAGAAAGGGGGUAGCAUACGCAGACGAUCAUCGCGAGGGGGUAGAUCUUGAUAAGGGAAGAAUUUGUUAGUGUAGACUAAGAUGCCCCUCUCGAGCCUACUUAACACAAGCAUGUUCGCCACGUAUCAUGGCGAGUUAUCCAGUUUAAAUUAUAGAAAAGCCGAGUCGCUGCUUCACUAGUCCAAGGGUGCCACACGAUAGUCGAAGUUGGGUAGUUUCAACGAUAAUAAUCUACCUAAUCUAGGUAAUGUACCUAACUAUGUACUGUGUUGCUAAAGUUAUGUACAUACAAUUAAUUACCUGUUAACUAGUUA